CGCCUGCGGCCCAGGCGGGGCCUGGUCUCCCACCCCUUCUUCUUGGUCACCUACGGCAAGGACGGGGCCCGCUGGGAGGAGCACCCCUUCGUGCAGGACAACUGCUUCUACCAGGGCGAGGUGCAGGGGAGCCCCGGCUCCCUGGUGGCCCUCGGCACCUGCGGCAGGGCACUCUGGGUGGAGGAUGGCACCUACGAGAUUGAGCCCAUCCCCGACGAUCCGGCCUUCCGGCACAUCCUCUACCGCAUGGAGGAGGCCAACGACUCUGCGGGUCCCACCUGCGGGCUGACCCCAGAGGAGCUGCAGCACCAAAAGGCUUUGCUGCCCUGGCUCAAGGCCCCCUGGGCGGCGGAGGAGGAGGAGGAGGAGGUGCUGAAGGACUGGUGGACGCACGUCAGGUACGUGAAGAUAGUAGUGGUCGUGGACAAUGUGCGGUUUGUGAAGUCGGGUAGGAACGAAUCCGAAGUCUUGAGGCAAGUCAUAGAAAUCAUCAACAUUGGGGACUCUCUGUACGAACAGCUUUCUGUUCGGCUGUUUCUUGUGGGAUUGGAGAUCUGGACCAAAAGCAACCUUAUAAACAUUACUAACUCUGUCGGCAAGGUACUUGACGACUUUAACAAAUGGCGGAAGUCAGACCUGUCUCCGCGGAUGCGCCAUGAUACCGCUCACCUAUUUGCAUUUCAGAGCUUUGGAAGGAGCCUGGGAUUGGCGUUUCUAGGCUCCAUAUGUGAUAACCAGUGGUCAUCAGCAGUUGCUUCCUUCACUGAUAGGAAGUUGUCCUCAUUUAUUACCACAUUUGUCCACGAGCUGGGCCAUACUCUGGGGAUGCGCCAUGAUGAACAGGGCUGUAAAUGCAGACGGAAGAAAUGCAUUAUGUAUGAAAGCGAUGUCGAAACUGAUGCGUUCAGUGACUGCAGUUACAAAGACUACUUUGACCUGCUUGGGCGUGGCGCCAGCUGCAUUCGUCAACCACCAGCACCCGGGACUUUCUACACCAUGAAGCGUGAAUACUGUGGGAAUAAGAUAGUAGAAAGCAGAGAGCAAUGUGACUGUGGUUCAGAAUCAAACUGCGGAAAGGAUCCUUGUUGUCACCCGAACUGUACAUUUACUGCAGGUUCGGUCUGUGCUUCUGGAAAAUGCUGUAAGAGCUGUCGGGUCCUUCCAGCAGGAACGCUCUGCAGAGCAAGUACUGGCGACUGUGACCUGCCAGAGUAUUGCAAUGGGACUUCCCCUGGGUGCCCGCCAGACGUGUACGUACAAGAUGGAACCCCUUGCAAAGACAGUGCUUAUUGCUAUCGAGGAAAAUGUUCUUCCCACAACAAACAGUGCCAGCGUCUCUUUGGCAAACAAGCCAGGGCCGCUCCUUUAGAUUGCUUCAAAGCAGUGAAUACUCGAGGUGACCGGUUUGGGAAUUGUGGUAUUCGUAACAAUAUCCAAUUUAUAAAAUGCAGUGUUGAGAAUAUCUUAUGUGGUAGGAUCCAGUGUGAAAACAUAGACAAAUUGCCUGCCUUGCAGAACCACGUAACGCUAGUCCAAACCCCUGUUGGAGGUAAAAAGUGUUGGGGUCUCGACUAUCACGUAGGGAUGCCAAUAGCUGACGUGGGGGCUGUGGAAGAUGGCACGCCAUGUGGUAGUGAUAUGCUUUGUAUCAACAGGACAUGUAGCAGCAUAUCACUGCUGAACUACGACUGUAAUGUUACAAAGUGUUAUGACAGAGGAGUGUGUAACAAUCGUAAGAACUGUCACUGCAGACGUGGCUGGGCUCCUCCGCAUUGUGAACGGGAAGGAUUUGGAGGUAGCAUUGACAGUGGACCCCCUCCAGCCAGGGAGAUUUUUCAGAGAGCAAAAAUAGGAGUAAAACUAUUUAGUCUUCUUUUUCUCUGUAUGCUUGGAGUAACUCUUGCCAUGUAUUAUAAAUGGGAAAUAAUGGGAUGGCUUAGGAGGAAAAAGGCCCAAUUUCAGAGAAAAAGAGCAAAAAAUGCCAGCGGUUCCUAA